UUCUAUAUAUAUGAAGUGAUAAUCCAUUAAUGCUUGGGAGAAGUAAAAAAUUUUAGUAAUGUUGCUUACAACAAAUUAUUCAUAGUUUCCAGAUUAUGGUUAGAAAUAGGUGAUCUCAGUGCAUACGUAGGACAUUAUCAAAUAGAACGAGUUAUUGUACAGUUAAUAGCGAAUUCGAAGUCAGUAAUACUUGACUAAACUAUGUAAUUGUGAAAGAUUGAAACAAAUAAUAAUGAGUCGAUUGAAAUGAAAAACGAUUGCAAUAAUCGUCAGUUAACAUGGAAUUGACUGCAACUUUUGUGCUUAUGAAAAUGAACAAAUCAGAAUGCGGAUUGGGAUUUGGCGCGAAUAUUCAACUGACAACUUGUAACGGGCAACAAAGAGUAAACGUACUAGAAGAACAAAAACAAGUCUUACGCAAGCAGAACAAUGAAUAAACCCAUUUUGUAAUAAGCUUCCCGUUUCGUACUCGAACCGCGUCUUUCAAUUUUUCAAUAUAUUACUGUUGUGCCAGUACGCCGCGUUCUUACUUCAGUGGCAUUUACCGGUCCUGACAGUUGUGUUGUGUUUCAGAUCGCUCGUGCUUGCAAGUAAACGCUAGUAAAAGAGCUGAAACUGACAGGCCCGGCAGACAUUAACCGUUCUCUCCUAAACAAUUAUAUUCAAUGCUAGCUGCUUGUUUAACAAAUAAACUUGGUAUUGGUUUGAUACCAACCUUUGGUCUCCGUGCUCCUGAAUUCAUAAUCAGAAGGUAUCUACUUUCUCCCAGUCGCCCAAUUAAAUUAGAACUAAUUGGUCACCUGCAAAAGGCCUCUGAAUCUUUAUAUGAGCCUGGUCAAAUAUUCUUACACAAGAAAUUUGGUUAUCGUGGUAUUGUGCUACAGCGUUGGAAGGGAAAGCUGUUCGAUCGUAAUCUACAAUCUACGAAAUCAAUAGAAUUGACGUCUCAUGAAUCUCCAAAGGGAGAAGGAUCUGAAACAAAUGUUUACCAAGUUCUAACGGAUCAAAGCGACACUGAAAUUUGUAAUUCUGCUUUAAAACAUGGUAUUACUUUUUUACCUGAUGAUAAACGAGCAUUUAAUGCCAUAUAUAUAGUGUCAGAAAUGGACUAUGUUUUCCAUGAUGAUAUCAUACCUUACGUUCCGCAGGAUGUUUCGCCAAUUAGAAAUCAAUAUUUUAGUGAAUUCUUGCUUUCUACUCCAGACAAAGAUCCACCAUUUAUUCCAACCGAUCAUUUAAGACGCUGGAUUGAGGCGCGAAAGCAAAGUCUAGAAGUUACAUCGAUACAUCGCGAAGUGACCGAAGGUAUUCAAACGACAGUAAUGCCUUUUUACAUGGGCCGUCGAGUAACAGAGGAUAGAAAAGAAAAUGAUGUACGCUACUGGCGCUAUUUAAUCCGAUUAGAAAACCUCACGAUGGACCGCGUUCAACUUCGUGAGCGCUUUUUGAAAAUUUUCUCAAUAUCCGGAAACCUUGAGUCAAUCGGAGGAAAAGGAGUUGUAGGGAUGCAACCUGUCCUUUCUCCAGAAUGUCCAGUUUUUCAGUAUCACAGUCAUAUCCACUUCCCCGUGGAGUGGGCCCACAUGUGGGGAACGUUUCGGUUUGAAAAACACAAUGGUACUAGUUUAGAUGUUAAAAUACCAUCUUUCCCGCUGUAUGAUCCCACGUCUUAUUCAAACUCGAGUAACGAAAACCUUGGUUAAUUAUCCACAAUGAUCUUCGUACGAGCCCGGUUACCUGAUUUUGACACUCUAAAGACAAUUGUAUGUCUGUUUAAACGACUGCAGCACACACCAAAAAAUUGUAAACAUAAUAAAUAAGAAGUUUAGAUUUCUACCGAAAUCCCAUUUAUUUAUACUUCACAAAAUGCGUUCAAAUGAUUUGCUUCGCAAUAAGAAAAUGCACAUCUAUUCACUCAUGAAAUAUCUUGCAUAACUUUGAAACCAAGAAGUUAUUUUUAAGAUUUGCAAGGUAACACUAUAAGGAAAAAAAUAUCUCAAAAUAAACAGUUUAAUGGAAAAUCAAGGUGCUUUAGCAGCUUAAAUUAAUAAGUCUCAGGGAGAGCACGGAUAAGGAAAAAAUCUCAGCUUGUUUGUAAUUAGAAAGUCAAUGAAAAACAAAUAGUUUGAUUUCGGUAUAGUUCUAAUCCUUUAAACUCCUAGUUGCAUAUAACUACGAAAAUCUAGACCUAAGGCGCUUAUCUGGAGAUUUUCUGGGAUAUACGUAUAUGGUGAGGUAGGAUAAUUGGUUUCUCUUUUGCAUGGGGAAAUGUAAAUUGUGCAGUAUACCUCGCAAAAUGAUAACACUUAAGGAAGCUUGAAGUAAAGCGGUGGUAUAUAGAUACGUAUGUACUGACAAUAAAUCAUAUAUACAAACAGGGUGGAAUAAAAACAGUAACUAAGAAAUCUUCAAAAUGAAAGAAAAGGCAGUUUAGACACCAUAUAGGAGUGGCCGUAACGCGAAUUCUAAUCACAGUAUUUCCCGACUUAAAAUAAAGCAUUUGUAAUGAAAAUGAACAGCGUAAUUGUGACCGGAACGGUGGUUCGUGAAUAUGCAGGAUGAAACGGCCAGUAGUUAUGGUUCUUUGUUUCUAUUUCCGUCGCUUUAAUUAUAAUGGUGAAAAAGAUAACUGGUAAGCACAAUAUAUGUUCUGCUUAUGAGUUUCCUUUACUAGUCUAUCCAGUAAGCUGUGUAAAAUUACUUGGAACAAAUGACUGCAUGAUAUUGGAUGAUCACUUGUAGCUUCAGUGAAUGAUAAUACAAAAUUAUGAAUUUCAUCAUUUCGGAGACUCAUGUACCAGUGCAUAAGCACACCCAUUCGGAAGCAAACCCAACUCGACGCGACCAGAUGGUUUGGGUUCUGGGAGUAAUUUUUCAAGCUCUUCAUAAGUAACAAUUUGGUAGUCUUUUUCCAGCACAUCGGCAGGUGAAGUGUAAGUGCUCUGGACCUGGGAGCUGGAGAAGUCCAUUUCACUAACUUGAGGGUCAUUAUAACCAGCAAACGACAAUGGAAAGUAUAAUGACUUUUGAUAUGAUGGUUGGUGGGCAUACGCAGUAGCACCGCCAGGCAAAGGAGAGACAAGGCUGAGUCCUGGUUGAGGUAGUAUGUACCCAGCUUGAGACAGCAUCAUGGGUUGAAUGCGGUUUGGAUCCAUAAACCUAAAAAGAAUCCACUUAAUGAAGUUUUGUUUUUAGACAUAUUUCCUGUUACAAAUAACUAAAUGUUUAUACAUAAGAGUGUAAAACGAUAAUCGUCUUUACUUAGAUCCAGUCAUUUUUUACAUAACGGAAAUACAGAAAUAUGGACCCAAAACUAUGUAACUGUUUUCGGUAACAUUUAUUGUCUUAUCUGUAAAGUAUGGAGACUAGUGAUAAAUUCCGUACGACCUGACGAAAGUGUGCAUCGACACGAACUGUAACACAUCAGAUCAGAAUAGUGAAAGUUAACAAAGUGAUAAUCAAAUUUUAAAGAACUGCACAAAGAACCUCGCUAAAAAACCUACAAAACAUGAACCUUGAGUUCAGUAAAACGGAAAAAGUUUCGAGGCAUGACAGUGAGGAUCUCCAACUAUUUAAUACUAUAAUCAGGACGACUUACAAUCAGUAAAGAAACUACCUUUCGGUACUCCUCAGUCCAAAUACAAAGACUUAGUGAUCUGGCGUUGUUCCCGUUUAACUCACACAUAUCUUUCGCACUUAGCAAUGCAAUACAUAGACGUGACCAAUGUUUACGUAAAUAGUUAUCUAAUAUUACUCCUACUGGAAAAAAAUCUAUUCGGAAAUAGGUCGAAAUUUCCAGUGUUGAAUGAAAAAUGUCAGGACCAGAAGAUCGUUGCAAUCCCCACUUUUAGAAAGUUUCACAUCCACAGAAACAACAUUUGAGGACUACAGAUACCCUGAAUAGUGACUGUGAUGGGUAAUUAGAUGAAAUCAACCGAUUCCGAAGUGUGAUAGACAAAAAAAUAACCGACAUAUACGACAAGUCGUUCACCCUAAAAAGACAGGAAUAGUGGAGUGGUGACUCAGUGUUCAGGGCAACUAUUGAGCCGCGUGGUUGAACCCAACCCCGCAUCAGUUCAGGCAAUCGGGUGGCAUUACGUUUCAAGCUGCAACGCGCUGACUCAAAUUUUGUCGAUGAGCCGCCAGGAAACAUCCAUUCUUAACGCGCAUUAUGACCCUAAAAUAUCUGCUAAUUUGUCCGGAGGACCGCCAGGCGUAAUGCUCCGUCUCGAUGUACAAAUGUGACAAACCCGUACUAGGAGUAUCUUUCAUUGCUUCAGACACUAAGUACGAGUGUUAGCAAUUAAAUCAAUAGCUAAACGCACCUGCUAAGUCCUUAACCACGUGAAUAGUCAAAGAGACAGCAUAAUCGAGGCAAUAUUAAGAACGAAUAUGAAUACGUAGAUACAGUGAUAAAUGCUAACAAACUAACCGGACAAAAAGUUAUCUCACAAAUUCAAAUAACAAUUCUGUCGUUGUCUGAUGAUUUAAAUGAGUCAUCUUUACGAAAUAAGACUAGUCACUUUGACACUAUUUGCGUAGAUCCGUGUAUUUUACUGUAUAAUAAAUAAUUUUAACGAACUUUCAUAAAUCAGAUCCCUCACAAUAUUUUAAAGCGAAGACGUCAAAAUAUGACAAGUAGCACUAAAUUUUUAUAUACUAUACAUAUAUAUAUAUACUUUGAGCCGAACUUGGCGGCAUGUUAUGGUGGUAUAAAAUGUAAUUGUUUGUUGACGAGGCUGUUUUCAUGCACACUGGACACGAAAGCAGAUGGAAUUACGAAACUGAAGAAACAUUUUGACCUUAGUUCGCAACUAAUGGACCGAGGGUUACAGUAAGUCAUAAUCUGAAGACCACGGUUCACUGCGUCUGUUUAAGCCACAAUAUCAGGACGAAAGAGUAUAUUUGGAUAAACUUCUACUAGGUUAGAUAAACAUUACAUUUGUCAUUUCACACUAUUAUAGUGAGUUUUAAUUCCGUUUGAAGUACGACUCAGGUUCUUAGGAAAGAGCGUAGAAUCACUACCUGUGCUUUCCUGAAUGUCCUUAGUCUGAGGGACUAGACUCAUGAACUUGACGACAUACGGUGUACAGAAUACUAAGAAAACGUCUCGGAUAUGGCAUCCAUUCUUUUAAGAAAAAACCAGGACAACCAUCGAAUCCAAAAGCCAUGGAUGAACACAGUGCCUGUAUUAUCCAUUUUAUACUUCCAAGUACUCAACUUUAGUAGUUUACUACCAGAAUAGGUGUCUGUACGUUCAAUUAACUGAUUUAAUAAAAGACAGGACCCUCGCAGGGGCACGCUAGAAAAGGGAUACCACACACAGCCCUCAAACCUUCAAGCAGAGAUCUGAAUGUAUUCAUGUGUUGUACAACUACGGAAGUUAGUAGGCAGCGGAUGGAUUGUCAGUUGAAUAAUGUCCUUGCUUAUAUAUCUAGUUGCUAAUUAUAUCUUUUAUUAGCGAAGACUUCUAAAGCGUUCGGGGCAAAUCCAGACGCAGUGCUAAUUAGCGGCAGUAUUAUUAAAGUACUAGUGAGUCAAUACACGCAGCCCUACAGCUCAUAAGCCUCAAGUUUUUAUAUUAUACGAACGAAGUACCAUGUGAAAAAGACUUAUUGAGUGGUAAGAUCCGUUAUUCGUAGACACAUUAAUGUGAGGGCCUACAGUGGAUAGUUCUGAAUACAUAUCCCUAACCUAUACGUCAAUGAAACUAAGAAAUGAAUUAUGGACUUCUAGAUAUAUGGUAUACUGAAUUAAAACAAUACCAACACCACAAUACAAGUAAUUACCUCAGAACUUGGUGUGCUGAACAAAACAAAAUGCAGAGGUUACAUUGAACAUUGAAAUCACUUCAGGCUUUUUUGUUCAGGUCAAAAGCAUGAAUCGUUUUUUAGCAGUAAAAGGACUUCGAAAAAUUGGUUUGAUGGUCACUCAUAGUAAUAAAGUUUUACGAACUAAGGAUCCAACUG